AUGUCCGGGACAAAGACAUUCACGUGGAACAACCACGACGACUUCCCUCGCGACUUCAAAGGCUACGGGCCGAAAUCCUUUGACCCGCAAUGGCCCAACGGUGCAAAGGUUGCCAUAUCGUUUGUGAUCAACUACGAAGAGGGCGCUGAAAGGUCGGUACUGCUGGGAGAUGAAACGUCCGAGAAUUCUCUCUGGGAGGGCGUCGGCAAGCCUCCGCACACGGGUGAACGGGCGGUCAACAUCGAGUCCGAGUAUGAGUACGGCUCCCGCGUCGGUGUCUGGCGUCUGUUCCGCCUCUUCAACAAGUACGGCAUGAAAUACACCCUGUAUGCGGUCGGCCGGGCAAUCGAAGAAAACCCCGAAGUGGCCCUAUCGUCGGUUGCAAAUGGUCAUGACGUGGCGUCUCAUGCGUACCGAUGGAUCGAUUACCACAACGUCUCGCGCGAGGAUGAAAAGGCGUACAUCAAGAAAGGGAUCGAGACCAUCCGUGAUAUUUGCGGAAAACCACCCUCGGGAUGGUACUACGGUCGCCUGUCCCCACGGUCCCGGGCCCUGAUCUGGGAUGUGUACAAGGAGAUGGGAAUCCCUCUGCUCUGGGAGUCGGACUCGUACGCGGACGAUGUCCCGUACUGGGUCGACGUCCCCGCCGAGGCCGACAGUCCCAAUCCCGAGGGAAUGCUCAUGAUCCCGUAUUCGUACGAUUGCAACGACUACAAGUUCACCACCCCGACCGGGUUCAGUGGGCCUAGCGACUUCUACGAACAUGUCAAGAAUGCGUUUGACGUGCUGUACGACGAGGCCAGCCAGGGGCUCGGUGGCAAGAUGAUGACCGUCGGGCUUCAUUGUCGCUGUAUCGGCAAGCCCGGUCGCAUGGGUGCCUUGAUCAAGUUCGUCGAAUAUGUGGCUGCAAAGGAGGGCGUCUGGGUGGCCACCCGAACGCAGAUCGCCGAGCAUUUCCGUGCGAAGUUUCCCUACCAGAAGGGACAACUGGCAGUGCCUGCUGCUCAGGAGAGGCAGCGUUGA